AAUUGUAUCACAUUUUCAGACUAAGAAAGAGUUACUUGAUGCUGAAAUGGAUUUGUACAAUAAGCAACUACGGGGCGACGACACAGCUGAAUUACUAUCUAGAGUUAAUGAAUUAAAGCAAAAGGCAAAAGCCUUAGGUCUUCUCGACAAUAAUACAUUCCGCGGAGAUUCUGUAAAGGGAUCAAGGCAGAAAAAUUCUAGAUUUCCAAACAGAAGCUGUCCUCCAGUACCUUUGUCUCGCAGUGUUGAUCAUCGGCCAAGGUCAAUAAUUGUAACAGGUUCUUCUGACAGAGAUGGGCUACUAAAGCAUUUCUCGCAUUUUGGUGAAGUUGAGAAGAUGGAAGGUGAAUUAGGAAAGUAUUUUGUCGUGAAAUUCCGAACAAGAGUUUCAGCAGAAAAGGCUUACUUAUAUGGCACAAAAUUUGGAGAUGUAGAUUUAUCUCUUGCAUGGCUGCAAGAUUCACAAAUGGCGGCUGGGGAAAAUUUACGUCGCCAUUCUGAUUCAGCUACUUUAAAAUCUGAGCAUUCAGAAUUAAUGGAUGCUGAAGAGGAUGAAGAAGAUGAUGAAGAGGAAGAUAGUGAAGCUCGUUCUUGGCGACGAUGAUAAAAACCUAAAUUUCAAAAAUGUUUUGUACAGCUAUUAGGGAGCACCUGUGUAUAAUUCAGUGAUAAAUAUUGGGUGAAUUAUUGCACCUAUGAUCAAAGUUCCAGCUUCAGAAAAGACUGUGAAGAGCAGAACUAUCAAUCAUGUGCUUCACCUAACACUUCAUAAAACAAAAACUGUCAUAUCUGCUUUUAAGGCAUGGUGCACUGGUGAUAAUUAAUUUUAUCCAUGUAACUACCAUCAGUUGCCAAAUUUGUAAAUUUUUAAGUGUAAAGUUUGAAAUAAACUCAUUUUCUGGUGGU